GCCACUUCAGUGGAUCCCGCGCCGCGGCUGCGGGUGGAGCGGCCGUAUUGUCCCGCGCCGCGCGUUAGCGCUCCUCAGCUCCCAGGCGGUCGAUGGGACCGAGCGCCGUGGAGCAGGAGGAGGCGCCCGUCGGGGGGCUCGGGCAGCGCGGGAGCCCGCCGGGGGGCUCGGGCAUGCGGGCCCGCAGGACCUGAGCCGUGCUCCGUGGGGAGGCAGCCCUGUGACUGACGAUGGGGACGGAGUGGGUCUGUCAUCACGCCGGGCCGUAAGUCCUGCGCCUCUGCCUCCGCCUCGGCCCACUCAGCCCCUCCAGAAGCGCCGGGCCGCUCGGGAACAUGGCCCUGGAGCAGCUCUGUUCGGUCCUCAAAGUGUUGUUGGUAACAAUACUUGUAGUGGAAGGGAUCGCUGUGGCCCAAAAGACCCAAGAUGGACAAAAUAUUGGAAUCAAGCACAUUCCUGCAACCCAGUGUGGCAUUUGGGUUCGAACCAGUAAUGGAGGUCAUUUUGCUUCACCAAAUUAUCCUGAGUCAUAUCCACCAAACAAGGAGUGUAUCUACAUUUUGGAAGCUGCUCCACGUCAAAGAAUAGAGUUGACCUUUGAUGAACAUUAUUAUAUAGAACCAUCAUUUGAAUGUCGGUUUGAUCACUUGGAAGUUCGAGAUGGGCCAUUUGGUUUCUCUCCUCUAAUAGAUCGUUACUGUGGCAUGAAAAGUCCUCCAUUAAUCAGGUCAACAGGGAGAUUCAUGUGGAUUAAAUUUAGUUCUGAUGAAGAACUUGAAGGACUGGGAUUUCGAGCAAAAUACUCAUUUAUUCCAGAUCCAGACUUUACUUACCUAGGAGGUAUUUUAAAUCCCAUCCCAGAUUGCCAGUUUGAGCUCUCAGGAGCUGAUGGAAUAGUACGUUCUAGUCAGGUAGAACAAGAAGAAAAAACAAAACCUGGCCAAGCAGUUGAUUGCAUAUGGACGAUUAAAGCUACUCCAAAAGCUAAGAUAUAUUUGAGGUUCCUAGAUUAUCAAAUGGAGCACUCAAAUGAAUGCAAGAGAAACUUCGUUGCAGUAUAUGAUGGAAGCAGUGCUAUUGAAAAUCUGAAGGCCAAGUUUUGCAGCACUGUGGCCAAUGAUGUAAUGCUUAAAACAGGAGUUGGAGUGAUACGAAUGUGGGCAGAUGAAGGUAGUCGGCUUAGCAGAUUUAGAAUGCUUUUUACUUCCUUUGUGGAACCUCCCUGUACAGGCAGCACUUUCUUUUGCCAUAGCAACAUGUGCAUCAAUAAUUCUUUGGUCUGUAAUGGUGUUCAAAAUUGUGCAUACCCCUGGGAUGAAAAUCAUUGUAAAGAAAAGAAAAAAGCUGGACUAUUUGAACAAAUCACUAAAACUCAUGGAACGAUUAUUGGCAUUACAUCAGGAAUUGUCUUGGUUCUUCUCAUUAUUUCUAUUUUAGUGCAAGUGAAACAGCCCCGAAAAAAGGUCAUGGCUUGCAAAACUGCUUUCAAUAAAACUGGGUUCCAAGAAGUGUUUGAUCCUCCUCAUUAUGAACUAUUUUCACUAAGGGACAAAGAGAUUUCUGCAGACCUGGCAGACUUGUCAGAAGAAUUGGACAACUACCAGAAGAUGCGGCGCUCCUCCACUGCCUCACGGUGCAUUCAUGACCAUCACUGUGGGUCGCAAGCAUCCAGUGUCAAACAAAGCAGGACCAACCUCAGUUCCAUGGAACUUCCUUUCCGAAAUGAUUUUGCACAACCACAGCCAAUGAAAACGUUUAAUAGCACCUUCAAAAAAAGUAGCUACACUUUCAAACAGGCACAUGAGUGCCCUGAACAGGCCCUAGAAGACAGAGUAAUGGAGGAAAUUCCCUGUGAAAUUUAUGUGAGAGGGCGAGAAGAUUCUGCACAAGCAUCCAUAUCCAUCGACUUUUAAUCUUCUAUUAAAGGUGACAUUAAUUAUUAAGUAUGUAUGUAUGCAGCCUACAGAGCAUCCAUUCUGUUUUCAGCAACCAACUCUUUUUUCCUAUCAAAACUAGGAAGACCUUCAUUUGCCAUUUCCCUGUUGCAUUGAUGACAUUUUUAUCAUCUCAGGCAGUCUCUAUAUGUUAAACCAAACAAGGAACUUAAUAUAUUCAGUGGAAAAAAAUAAUCAUCAUCUGUUGCUUGGUGUCAUGUAAACAAAGCAUCACCAGUUAAAUAGCAGGUGAAGAGGGGCUUAGUGGUGUUGAGCCAGGCUCGGGCCGCUUGUUAGUUUUUAGCAUCAGAAAUACUGCUCUUGACUGACCUAGCUCUGCCAGUAUUUUUAUCCCAUAAUAAACUUUAAAAUAAGGUUUUCUUUACAGUCCUUUUAUUUUUAAUUUGUUUUAUAUGACUAUAGUUUUGCCAUUUCAGUUUCCUACAUAAGUGGUUAAUAUACCACUUACUUCAACACAGGCAUUUGUUCUUGAAUUUGUCAAAAUACAGCUACUUACUGUGAUAAGUGCCAGUUAAGACUCAGUUAUAUUUAGUUCUGUUUCUUCUACACUAAUUUUUACACUACUGCCUUUUAAUUACUGGAUUAUUAAUCCUUAUUUUUUAUGAGAAAUAGAUAUGAUUUAUCACCCUUAAAUCAUAUUUUUUCUCUAUUGUAUUAUACUAGUAAACUUCAUGAUCCUGAGAUGUAUGCAUCUUACCAAUAUGACUAAAAAUUUGAGAAAGAUAAAAACGUCUAGCAAACCUUUGAAAUCUCCCAUAUUUGGUCACAUUCAAUGACAGCCCCCAUUUAUUCCAAUAAACAAGUCAUUUAAUUUGCUUGUCAGGAGGCCUGUAAUUGUAUUUAUUUGCAGUGUUUCUCAUCCCCAAAUCUACAUUUCCUAUAAUUUUUGUAAAAAGAUUACUUCAUUUGUAUUGGUUUAUCUUUUGACAUUUGGUAACCAAGUUUCUGUGAGAGUUAAAGGAAAAUUCCUAAGAAACUGUGCAAGCCUUUGAUGGCUUCUUUCUUGGGACAGUACAUUUUUCUAACUCUUAUCAAGAAUAAUAAUUUUGACUUUUUUUUAAACUGCACUUUUGACCUUAUUUUUUUUUAUGGUAUGUAAAACAAUAAUUUAUAAACAUGAUAUAAAAACUCAUUGUGUUUUUUUAGACUUUUGAUAUUAUUUGAUACUGUACAAAUUAUUAAAUCAAGAUUAAAGACCUGCAUUACACAUUUCUUUCAGUGUUCACAUUAGCAGCUUUAUAUACAAACAUGCUUUGUUAGAACUGUGCACCAUAAUUUAUUAUAAAGACCUUGGUAAUGUGUACAUAAGCUUUCUCUUUCCUUUUGUUACCAUAUUUAGUUUGUGAUAAAUUUUCCACUGUGCGAUAUUUAUUGCUCUAAAUCACUACGCAUAUCUUAUUAAAAUGUACAUUGUUAAAUUAUCCUUCAAUCAUGUUAUUUAUGGCACUGCUAUUUUGGGUCUUACAGUAUAUGUGGAAUGAAAUCCAUUUAUUGUAACUAAUAGAGACAUGUCAUUUAUAAGAGGUAGAUUCUCAUUUUUUACAUUUCUUGUAAAUUCUCAAUGAAAUGAGAAGUUGAAGUUUCACUGGAUUUCAUUCAUUCUUUUUCAUAGAUAUGUUCUCUCAGAUUAGUGAAUGCUGUGACACUUAUAAUACUGCCUCAGUGUUUCCUAUAUCAUAUUUUUUAUUUUUAAAAAAGUAGAUUAUAUCCAGGAGAUAAAACCUACACAUAAUUCAUGAUUUAAUUUUUUAAGUCAGCACAAUUUCCUCUCUUAAAAAUACAACUGAGAAAGGUAAAAAGACUUAAUGAGUAGUAGCCAAAUGAACUAAUAACCAGAGACAGAUUGAAUAACUUAAGUUGUUUCAAUAGCUAAGUUGAGUAGGCCUUUUGAUUUCAGUAGGUAACAGACCAGCCAACAUUUGAAAAAUGUAGUAAAUAAUACUUUAUACAACUGUGAUCUUGUUAUGAUUAUGGGGAGGUUAGCAUAUUUUCUACAUAAAAUUUUAUUCAUUAUAAAAAUAGCUAUUAAAUUUGUCCUUAACCUCUAGAUUAGACUGGAAGAUAAUACACUAUAUUAUUGAUCGUCACUUGUAACUAUGUUUUUAUUUUGGGUAUUUGUAUCCUUUUUUAAAAGGGCUUAAAGAGACCUGCAAAAUAGAGAACCUUUGAAGAAGACAUUGAAUAUUAACUUGCUGAAUCUGGCCUCAAUCCUCCUGCCUCAGUCUCCCAAUACCUGAAAUUACAAGUGUGUGCCAUCACACCCAGCCGACAUCGCCUAAUAAAACAGAAUAGAAAUACAUGGUUUCAUGCAACUCAGCAAGUAAAGCUUGGACAGCCAAUUUUAUUCUAAAUUUUCUGCCUGCUAAAAUAAAAGGAAGUUUUUCCUUUUCUCAGUAAAAAGCACAAACUUGCCAGGUGCAGUAGCGCACACCUGCAAUUCAAGCAGCUCAGGAGGCUGAGA